AUCUCUUCCCAGAAUGGGAGUUGUUUCUGAGAAGCAGCCAAAUGCUUCAGCAGUGCUGUGAGCACUCGCAGCACUGCCAGCAGUCCAGUGCCACCAGCACCACCAGCAGCUCUCUGCAGCUGCAGGGACAGUGACCCCUCAGGGUAGGGAAAUGAGGAAUGGCAGAAACCUGCUGAGAGAGGGAAAGCAUUUGGAGAAUGUCACAUUUGGAAGAGUGUUUUUAAUCAGGAGGAAAUGAGCAGCCACUCAAAGAAAUCUGCAUGUCGAGCUACUUCCGCUGUGGCAGAAAAAAAGUCAAGACAAACAACUCUGAGGAAGUCAAAUUCUGGCGUGGCCAAAGAUUACAUUUCUGAUUCUCCUGCCGAGCCUUGCAAAACAGCCACGGGACAGGGCACAGAGAGGAGCCAGCAGGACAGGAAUGGGGAGCUCCUGGUGAUCUGGGCACUUUCUCCUUCAUGUCACUGACCUGGCAGGAGCUGCUUUAGGACGUGGAUCCCAAAGGAGCAAGAGGUUCCAGGAAGCGCCGCUGAUCUGCACAGACCCCUUUGCCUGCUGCUGCCCCACAGGGAACAGGGAGCUGCUGUGGAGCCUCAUAGUCCAUCCCUGGAUUCUCCAAGCACUGACUCCCCAUCCACUCUGACCACAGCCAGGGCCACAUCCCACCGCCUGCCCAGCGUCCAUCCAUGGAGAACUCUAAGCCUGUGUAACUCUGACACAGCCAAAGUUGUAAAACCACUUCUGACUGCUCUAUGACCCCAGUGAGUCUUGGGGAGCAACACCAGCACAGGACACAGAGGAACAGGAGUGAGUGAGGAGCUCCAGGUGAUCUGGGGACGUUCUUCUGCAUAGUACAGACCUGAGAGGAUCCACUUUGGGAUAUGGAUCCCAAAAGAGCAAAAGGUACCAGGAGGCACAGCUCAUCUGGAGCUCAUCAGACCCCUAUGUCUGCUGCUGCCCCACAGGGAACAGGGAGCUGCUGAGGAGCCUCAUAGUCCAUCCCUGGAUUCUCCAAGCACUGACUCCCCAUCCACUCUGACCGCAGCCAGGGACACAUCCCACCGCCUGCCCAGCGUCCAACCAUGGAGGUGAGCACCAUGUCCCCACCUGUCAUCUCACCCACUGAAGGAGCUGAUUUGUGUGAGACAGAUAUUCCCAGUGUGGCCAUUCACAUUGUGACACUGCUCAUCUGCCUCUGUGGUCUGGCUGGGAAUGGGGCUGUGCUCUGCCUCCUCCAACUUAAAAGUUGUAACUAUCGCAUCUUCACCGUGACUGUCAUCGACUUCCUCUUCCUUCUCCUCACAGUCCCCUCCACCCUGCUCUCCCUGGUGGAGGACAUGUCCUGCUCUGCUGUUGUACCUCUGCUGUACCUGAAUUUUCUUUUCAAGCUGUCAGAUGUCUCCUAUUACUGGGGGCUGUACUGGCUGAUGCCCAACAACCCUGUGGUGUAUAUGGAUAACCUCUUCCAUCUCUGCUGCCGCUGCAAACUUCCUCUGCGCCUGAUGUGGUUGCUGAACGGUGUCCAAUUCUGGGCCUUCUUUGCUCUCUUCACUGUCAUUCCUGCGGUGACAUCCCUGUGCCCAUCACACCAGCUGGAGCUCUGCCGGGCAGCUUUCAUCUCCAUGAACACCAUCAUCCUGCUCCUCUUGGCUGCACCCCUGCUGGUUUCCAGCACAAUUGAUUUCAUUAAGGCCAAGUGGGGCUCCCAGCAGCAGCAACCCAAGAGGCGCGACAUCGCUGUCGCCCUCAUUGUGCUCCUCACUCUCCUCCUCAUUUUCUGGAAUUUCCUGCAGCAGCUCGGUUACCUCAAUGUGCCCUCCCAGGCUGUUUUCCUGCUUAACUGCAUCAACAGCAGCUUCAAACCCUUCAUCUACUUCUUGGUGGGGACCUUCUGGAGGCCCUGCUCUGUGGGGUCCCUCCGGCUCUCCCUGCAGAGGGUCUUUGAAGACCAGAAAAAAUAAACUGCCUGCAGAAAUGAUGCCCCAAGAGAGACAGGGGUUUGAGCCUACUGAUCCCUUCCACUGCUCUGCUGAAGGACCCCAGGAGAGUGGCGGAAGGAUUCCUUGAGCCUCCUGAUUAAACAAUAUCCACGGGAUCACCCUCACCAUGGUGGUGUAUGCCUGCAGGAGAAGGGAGCAGGAGCAUUGCCUUGGGUGAUUUUUGGGGGAUGCUCUGAAGGAAGCACAUUGGAGCACAGCUUUCCUCCUCCCUCCUGGAUCCACAUGGCUCCAGGCAGUGCAGCUGGGCUCAGUGCUGUUCCCCAGCUCUAUUCCCCAUGGAAUGACCCUCAUGGCCUCCGCCCCAGUGAAUGAACUCCAUCUCCUUUGGCUCAGCAGAUGAGUUUCAUGGUGUUUUCAGGGAGCUCUUGCUGGCAAAGAAGGGGAUGUGUUAAACCCUGUUAAGCCCUGGGGACACACCCAGCAUGUGGUGUCGGAGAUUUCCCAAAUCCCUGCAGGGCUGGUGCCCCUCGAUGGCAGGAGAGGGGUUGGGAUCACACGGAGCAUCCUUCCCCUUCUGUCCGGCAGAGACAGCCCUACAUUCCCAGCUGAUGGGAUUCCCAGCUGAUGUUGACAGCAGCACUGCAGCUGAGGCAGCCAAUUGGUGCCCGUAUUCUGUUAAGUUCUGUGCGGCCUUGGUUUGGUUUCAAUUAUGUCAGGUUGAGAUUAAAGGUUUAAAAAACUGCCGAUUUUUAAAAAAGAGUGAUCCUAUUUGGAUGCAUUAGAAGGUCCGUGUUGCUUUGUCCCAACUGCUGCAAAAUUGAGCACUGAAUUUCUUGAAUAAACAACAUCCAGGCUUCACUGCAGAGCCUGUCUCUGGUGAA